AUGAAGGCGUGGAGUUACAGCGAGUACGGCGGGGUUGAGGUUCUGAAGCCCGUGUCCGACGUGGCGGUGACGGAGGUUAAGGACGAUGAAGUCUUGAUUAAGGUUGUCGCCGCCGCCUUGAACCCAGUUGAUUUCAAGAGGAGAUUCGGAUAUUUCAAGGCUAAUGAUUCGCCUUUCCCUGUGAGGCCUCCACUUUUUUUUCCCCGGAGCAAUGUGAAGGAAUUUAAAGAAGGAGACGAAGUUUAUGGUGACAUUAUCGAGAAGGCAAUUGCCGAGCCGAAACAGCUCGGCUCCUUAGCCGAGUACACAACUGCUCAAGAGAAGCUUUUAGCUCAUAAGCCUAAGAAUCUCGAUUUUGUGCAAGCCGCUGCCUUGUCUCUUGCCCUUGAGACAGCUUAUGAAGGGCUCGAAAAGUACAGUUUUUCUAAGGGCAAAUCAUUUCUUGUUCUCGGUGGAGCUGGUGGUGUUGGGUCAUUCAUCAUUCAAAUUGCCAAACAUGUUUUUGGUGCGUCUAAGAUUGCACCUACAGCCAGCACGUCGAAAUUGGAAUUUCUGGAAAGUUUGGGGGCCGAUUUGGCAAUUGACUACACUAAGGAGAAGUAUGAGGACCUGCCUGAGAAAUUUGACUUUGUUUAUGAUGCUGUUGGGGAAACUGAGAGGGCCGUGAAGGCAAUGAAAGAAGGAGGCACCGUUAUCACGAUAGUUAGGUGCGCCAACACCGUAUAUCGAGAGUUGUAA